UCUGUCUACGUGCCUCUCACCUCGUACUACCUUUCAUCCAGCCUACAUCAGCCGACUCACAGGAUGCUGCACUAACAGACAUCGAGGACUUCUCAGCAACAACAGGUAUUUGAGAAAAUAACGAAAUGGCUGGUUUUUUCCAAAUGUUAAGGAAGAAAAAGGAGCUGAUCCCUCUGAUUGGGUUCAUGACUUUUGCCGCGACAGGAGCCACUUCUGCUGCAAUCUACUUUCUGCUGACUAAACCUGAUGUUAUUUUGAAUAAGACCAAAAACCCAGAACCAUGGGAGAGACUGGACCCAUCAAAACCCCAAAAGCUCAUCACCAUCAAUCAGCAGUGGAAACCAGUGGAGGAGCUGGAGUUGGUGAAGAGUCUCUACAAGUGAGAAAAGGAGGCAAGCAUCUGCUUCAAAGAUCCACAGUCUGAGUUCUUCUCCUGCCCCCCCCCAUCAGUCUAACAGAAUCCUUUCCGCACAAACUAUGACACUUUGACACUCAGUGUGCGGAAAUGCUUCUGCUCCACUGUUGGGGUUUCACUCACUCUGUUGUGGCCCAGCUCAACGUCAGCCAUUCACAACAAUAGAAAACCAAGGAUUUUAAAUACUCAUAUCGCUUUUUGUGGAAAAAAAAAACGCUGUGUCGUUGUAAUGAAAACUUGAGAGAUGUAUAUUUUCAUUGAGCAAGUUGUGGUGUUUUGUUCAACAGGAAUCUCAGACGCUACCACAGUAGAUGUAAAUGUACAAAUAAAUGUAAAAAAACAAAACUAAAUGUGAAAGUAAUGGACUGUAUAGUGUUAAUAAAUUAUUGUAUAAGCCAA